UGUGAGAAGUCUCCACUAUCAUCACAGUGCAUCAUCACCGUUGUUUUGAGGGUUCAAAAAUAAAUUGGAUAGAUAUUUUCACUACAGCUAACUUGACCCUGACACCAUUAAACCUUCUUAGUAAAUAAACAAGCUUAGGUUUACAGUGGCACAAAUGACUGUAAACUCGAUGGUAUGCUGGAGUGAGCAGUAAAGUGGAUUCGAGUCGGUUCAACUGAAUCGUUACAAAGAACCAUUUCAAAUGAACUAUUCUUUCUGCGGAGUCGAACCGCGCUGACACUUAGAUGAUGAUGAUGAUGAUGAUGAUGAUGAUGAUGUGAGGAUCCGCCGACUGAACCGAUUCUCGUGAAUAUCAGAGAAUAAACAGACGCUCAUCCUGACAGAACAUGACGGAGCUUCACCGCAGAUGCUCUCCGCCCGGGUUCAGCCGCUCCAGCGCCGCGGGUGGAGGUGGAGGAAAAGGCGGAUUAUCUCAGCCGGCUGGAUGGCGCUGUCUGCUGUCUCUCACCAUCCUUUUCCUGGCGUGUGUGUGCGGAUUCAUCUCCAGACUGUUCGCGGUGAUCCGCUUCGAGAGCCUCAUCCAUGAGUUUGAUCCGUGGUUUAAUUACAGAUCCACCCAUCAUCUGAGCACCAGCGGCUUCUACGAGUUCCUCAACUGGUUUGAUGAGAGAGCCUGGUAUCCUCUGGGGCGGAUCGUCGGAGGAACGGUCUAUCCUGGUCUGAUGGUGACCGCGGGUCUGAUUCACUACAUCCUGAACCUCGUCCACCUGAGCGUUCACAUCCGGGACGUCUGCGUGUUCCUGGCGCCCGUCUUCAGCGCUCUGACCGCCAUCGCCACCUUCCUGCUGACGCGGGAGCUGUGGAGUCAGGGGGCGGGGCUUCUGUCCGCCUGCUUCAUGGCCGUCGUCCCCGGAUACAUCUCACGCUCGGUCGCCGGGUCCUUCGAUAACGAGGCCGUGGCCAUAUUCGCCCUGCAGUUCACCUACUUCCUGUGGGUGAAGUCCAUCAAAACUGGAUCGGUGUUCUGGACCGUCGGAUGCUGCCUCUCGUAUUUCUACAUGGUGUCGGCUUGGGGCGGUUACGUCUUCAUCAUUAAUCUGAUUCCUCUUCACGUGUUCGUUCUGUUGUUGAUGCGACGCUUCAGUAAGAGAGUUUACAUCGCGUACAGCACGUUCUACAUCAUUGGUCUGAUUCUGUCGAUGCAGAUUCCUUUUGUUGGUUUUCAGCCAAUCAGAACCAGCGAACACAUGGCAGCGGCCGGUGUGUUCAUUCUCGUGCAGCUCUACUCGUUCCUGCAGUUCCUGCGAGACAGACUGACGCUGCAGGACAAACAGACUCUGUUUUCUGUCUUCGUUUGUGUCGCUGCGCUGCUGCUGUUUGUUUGUGUCGUUUACUUCAGUGGCAUCGGUUGGAUCGCUCCGUGGAGCGGACGCUUUUAUUCCCUCUGGGACACGGGCUACGCUAAGAUUCAUAUUCCGAUCAUUGCGUCGGUAUCGGAGCAUCAGCCCACCACCUGGGUUUCCUUCUUCUUUGAUCUUCACAUCCUGGUCUGCACCUUCCCAGCAGGCCUGUGGUUCUGCAUCAGGAACAUCAGCGCAGAGCGCGUGUUCGUGGUUCUGUACGGCAUCAGCGCGGUGUAUUUCGCCGGUGUGAUGGUGCGGCUCAUGCUGACUCUGACGCCGGUGGUGUGCGUUCUGUCGGCCGUGUGUUUCUCCAGCGUGUUUGAGCGCUAUCUGGGCGACGAGCUCAAGCAGGACGAUCCUCCGGCUGAAGACGCCCGCGACGACAACGACAGGAAGAACUCUGGGAGUCUCUAUGAUAAGGCUGGUAAGCUGCGUAAGCAUCACGUGUGUGAAGAGGGUUUGGGUUCUAACAUCAGGAGUCUGGUGAUGGUCCUCCUGCUGCUGCUGCUGCUGAUGUUCACCGUUCACUGCACGUGGGUCACCAGCAACGCUUACUCCAGUCCCAGUGUCGUGCUGGCUUCACACAACCAUGACGGCUCACGCAGCAUCCUGGACGAUUUCAGAGAGGCGUACUAUUGGCUGCGACUCAACACCGAUCAACACGCUCGUGUCAUGAGCUGGUGGGAUUAUGGGUAUCAGAUCGCAGGCAUGGCCAACAGAACCACGCUAGUGGACAACAACACCUGGAACAACAGCCACAUCGCGCUGGUGGGCAAAGCCAUGGCGUCCAAUGAGAGCACGGCGUAUGACAUCAUGAGGCUGCUGGACGUGGACUAUGUGCUGAUCAUCUUCGGAGGGGUGAUCGGAUACUCGGGCGACGACAUCAACAAGUUCCUGUGGAUGGUGAGGAUCGCUGAGGGAGAACAUCCUAGAGACGUGCGGGAGAGUGAUUUCUUCACACCUCAGGGAGAGUUCAGGGUGGAUAAAGCUGCGUCUCCAGCGCUGCUCAACUCUCUGAUGUAUAAGAUGUCUUACUAUCGCUUCGGAGAAAUGCAGCUGGACUUCAGAACUCCUCCAGGAUUCGACCGGACUCGAAACGCAGAGAUCGGAAACAAAGACGUGAAGCUGAAGCACCUGGAGGAAGCCUUCACCUCGGAGCACUGGCUCGUUCGGAUCUAUAAAGUCAAAGAUCUGGAGAACAGACAGCCGCUGGAGCGCAGACCUCCAGUCACACACAGACUCUCCUCCAGAAAGGGCUGCAGGAGGAAACGAGGAUUCAUUAAAAACAAACUUGUUCUGAAGAAAGGUAGAAGACUGAACCGGAGACAGAAGAGAACGAGACUAGUCUGAACCGAAGCGGAUCAGUGAAGAUGAAGACUGACUGUUUGAUUUCAGCUGAUUUCAUACUUGAAUAUAUGUUUGACACAACGGGUUUUUCAGUGACAAAGAGAAUGAAGAUGUUGAACCAAAGAGCUCAUAUGUGGAUGAAUAUAACAUUUACACUAAAAAAAAAAGCCAAAUAUUAAGAUUUAUCUAUUAAAAUUGCAUAUAUAAUUUUAACUUCUUCAUUUAUUGAUUAUUAAUUAAAUUACUUAGCGGUUUUAACUUUAAUAAACUUAAUGUUUGUCAUAUAAAACACAAUUUUUGAACAUUUUCAAAAUGCAUUCAUUCAGAUUGCUUAAAUCUGUUUAAAAUUCAAGUUCAAGUUAUUUGGUUAAAAGUAUUAAUAUGGUUAUAGCGUGACUAAUUGUGGAACAAGCAACAUUCAUAAAUCAGACUGAUUUAUGACAAAUAUUUAAACUUUAUCAUUGUGUGUUUAAAACACAUUCAGUUUAUUAGUACUGUUGUCCAACUUGUUUCAUUUAAGUAUGACUGACAAAUAUGCAUCACAGUAAGUUUAUUACAGUUUAUUACAUAAACAUUAUGUGCAAUUUAAUGACUUAAAUCUUAAAUUUAGGCCUAAAAAUUUGAAGUGUAUAGUGAAAUGUAUUCUUGUGUAAAAGUAAUUCUUAAAAGGCUGCUGAUAUUUUAAACGAUUGCGAGUUUGGGGGUAUUUUGUAACAAUGAAUCAACGAUGCAAUAAUUAUCAAUACUUUCUGUCAUGACUGUGAAGGGAUUUUCUUUUUGUGGUAAAUGUACAACAAUAAUUCUUUUACUUGUAAUUUUGAAUGCGACAUUUAUUGUACAGUUUUAUAUGCAAUAAAAUCUUAUUUCCACAGCUACUGAAAUCACUGUCUCUCCUCAGACUUUAAAUCAUGUUUGUGUGGAUUUCUACUGUAUCUGAAUUCUGUACUGAUU